UCCGUGUUUUCAUUUCAACAAUUAACAUUGUUUAUAAAAAAUCUAGUGAAAAUUCGCACGUAAGUGCUCGGGCUCUGUUCGUGUACUAUAUAAACAUCGAGAUAACAAACAAAACGUCCAUGAAAACACCAAAUUUGUAGAAGCAAAAAGUUGGCAUUCCAUAAAAAUACACAAAAAAGGAAUACAGAAAUACAUUAAAAAGUGCUAAGUGUUAAGGAAUUCCAAAUUGUUGAACAACUGGCUUUUGCCUUUAUCCAAACUGCAAAAACAAAAUGCUUUGAGAAGGCAAUUCCGUAGCGUUCGCCACAAGCAGACGCGGCGCUCCCUCUUGAAUAUAAUUUUAAUGUCGACUGAAUGGUUAGCCCAGUCCUGCAACUGGGAGCAAAGACGCUGCAAAAAACGUGUACAUGUGAAUGCAUUGAAGUGGCUUUAAAAAUAAUUCGUCCGUAAUUUGACAAUUUCCGCUGCCAAUGCUAAUUACUGCGCCUUCAUAGAUACCUAGACAGUAUGAGUUUAGGUUCAGAGACAAUUACCACAUAAAUAAUCGGAAUUGGUGCUGCCCACGUUACGAUCGACUUCGUUGUGCUUCCGUCUUGUUAAAUUUCUAUUGUUUAUUUUUUGUUGUGCUGUUUGUUAAAAGUCCCUACUUCAUGUUUGGUGCAAUCGCAACUGUUAUUGUAUAAAAACACAUUGCUACGCAUAAAAAUCAAAAUGAAAACUUCCUCGUCGUCUAUGUCAUCAAAUUCGCGUCCAGCCAUUAAAGCAACAAGAAAAUUACACCCGUCCAAACCCACCUUGAUACCGUCAUCAGCGCUCCAGAAGGUUUGCUUACGAUUCGUUUUGGCAGCAAAUUCUUGUACGUCGUUACUUGAAACAAAUGUGAAGAAAAAAUGCUAAAGAUGGAUACAUUUAACUAAAGAAACAGAAACAAGACGGUGGCGUAUACAUUUCAAAAGAAAACAAAUUAUAAUAAUCUUCAAGAAAAACUUAGUAAACGUCGAAUUAUAACAUUUAAAUUAAAAAGCUCUUAAAUUGCAUUGCCUUCGUUAUAUUUUAAGUUUCAAAUAUUUGGCGUCUCCCAUCUUGUGUUCGUAUGGCCUUGUAUGAUUGCCUUCCAAACUCGCAACCAACAUUAAAUUAAAUCAUCUUCCAUGUCCCAAAAAUAUUUAAAAUAUAACGGGCCUUUGUGAUUGGAAUAAAAAGUUUGUUUGUAUGAACUUAAACAUAAGAGUAGAUAAAUAUUUAGCAAGCUAAGAUAAUAAGAAAAGGACGAAAAUCAUAACAAAAAGAGCAAUAGAAACAGCUGAACUUGAAGUGGCAUGAGCCAUUUAUCGGGACUCGGAAAACAUGAUGAUAAUGAGUGUAGUGGGCCACGACCACCUGUACCCGGAGAAGAGAGCCGUGCUACAAAGAUGACCGAAGGGGUUACUGAGACAUCAAAGAACUCACCUCCAUCUUAUCUAAACUGGGCCCGCACGCUUAAUCAUCUACUUGAAGACCGAGAUGGGGUUGAACUUUUUAAGAAGUAUGUCGAGGAGGAGGCGCCGGCCUACAACGAUCACUUGAAUUUUUACUUUGCAUGCGAAGGUCUGAAGCAACAAACCGAUCCGGAGAAGGUGAAGCAAAUAAUCGGUGCGAUAUAUAGGUUCCUUAGAAAAAGCCAAUUGCCUAUAUCCGAUGAUUUGCGCUGUCAAAUAAAAGCAAUCAAAUCAAAUGAGAUUCCACUUAGUCCACACAUCUACGACCCGAUGCAGCAUCACGUGGAAGUUAUUAUACGGGACAACAUUUAUCCGAGCUUCCUAUGCUCGGAGAUGUACAUCUUGUACAUCCAGCAAAUGGCGGCAGCCCACGAAAGAUUCAGCAGUAGCGGAGCCACUGCCUCGGGUAGCAGCGUCAGUAGUGGCGGCAGUUGCGCCAGCAAUGUUGGCAAUAUUGCAGGUGCAUGUGCAACACCAACCUCUUCUGGAAAACAGCCAGCAACGGGCUCAAUGGGCUCCUUCAUAAGCUUGCCGAUAAACAGUAGCAUAAGCGCUACAACUGGCCCGCCAGCUGGCACAUGUAGUGCCAGCGGCAGCGUCUAUGGUCCCUCAACUUCGGCUAGCUCUAGUGGCUCCAUUAGUGCCACGGACACACUGCCGCGCAGCUCCACAUUACCAACACUGCACGAAGAUUCCGAACUGUUGCUCUCCGACGAUUUCGAGAAAUUACAAGUCGAGGGCGGACGGGCGCCCGUUGAUUAUCCAAUGCGUCUAACGCGGGAUCUUCUUAUUGCAACUCAGAAACGAAGACUGGAAAUUAGACCUCCUGGAGCGCACGGUUAUGUGUUCAACACGAGCACCAACAAUACCUCCUACGUGCCGAAUUCGCGGGUUGAUUCGGAGAGGGCAAGUGUCAGCUCCGGAGGCCGCACCGACUCCGAUACAAUGUCACUGUCCAGUUGUUCGAUGGACGGAAGGCCAUACAUUCAACGGAGACACAGCUCCACGGAGAGUAAAGCAAUCCGUCAGAGCGCAAUGGCUAAUAAAGAGACCAACACCUUUCAGGUUAUACCUCGCACUCAACGGCUACACUCCAAUGAACAUAGGCCCCUCAAAGAAGAUGAGCUUGUGGCUUUGUUGAUACCGAAACUGGAGGAAGUUAAACGUAAGAGGGACUUGGAAGAAAGAGCACGGCUGGAGCGAAUUCCCAGUAGCGACAGAUCUAACGUCAGUGAGCGCGCUUUUGCUGAGGCGAUACGCGAAAAGUUUGCUCUGGACGAAGACAACGACCAAGACAUUUUGGAUCAGCAUGUAUCGCGGGUGUGGAAGGACCAAACGCCACAUCGGUCGCCUGGCACAAUGUCACCUUGCCCGCCCAUACCAUCCAGAAGGCGCACAGCUACGCACGACUCCGGAAUGGUGAGCGAUGGUGCAAUGAGCUUAAGUGGUCAUUCGAUGAAACACUCCAAGUCCAUGCCCGAUCACAGUUCCUGCGCAAGGAAGCUAAUGAACAAAUGGCCGUCUAUGAAUACCGAUAGCGGCAUAAGCAUGUUCUCAACAGAUUCUGUUAUGAAGUACAAAGACACGAGCUCCCGCUCUAUUUCAAGUACGACCACGAAACUGGAGGAGGCAAAACGAAGACUAGAAGAUGAACCCAGACGCUCCCGUCGUUACACCCAACCGCCGACACAACCUCAUAUGGUUCCAAUGCAGCAACAGCAACUCACCACCUUUGGCAACUGCAGUAACCUGCACCAUCAGUCGGCACCACCUCCACUACCGGCAAAGCCGUCGGAGACGGUAGUGGUGUUCUUAUUCUGCGAAGAAACUGUUCCAUACAGAAUAAAAAUUCCUGGAACACAGCCGACUCUUCGCCAGUUUAAGGAUUAUCUCCCUAGAAAGGGAAACUUCAGAUUUUUUUUCAAGACCCACUGCGAAGAUCCAGACAGUCCAGUGAUUCAGGAAGAAAUUGUUAGUGACUCCGAUAUCCUUCCCUUAUUCGGAGACAAGGCGAUGGGUCUUGUCAAACCAUCCGAUUAGUUUUAGGCAUUAAGAGUAGAUUUUUUAAUGCAAAUAUUUGCUAGAGGUCAUGACGUAUGUAUGUAAAUCAUUGAGAAAACACACGAGAAGCUAUUUCCAGAAAUUAAAAUAAGUACUCAUAGAACUGUAUAUUGAAGGGCUUUUCGUAUACAUCACAAAACUACUGAAUAUAUGUAUUUUGAAAUUUCGUCCUUUAA